GCAGAGGCGGGCACGAGGCGUCGCUGCGAGGGCACAGCGCGGUCGGUGGGGGUCGAGCUGAUGCCGCGAGUGUGCAGUGCGCUGAAGCCGGGAUGCGGGAUGCGGCAGGUGUGACGGAUGGGAGCCAGGACGCUGCGCCUCCUUGCGCGUGGCCUGGCCGGCCGUGCAUGAUGCGCCCUCACACAGCCUCCCGCGGCGCGGCCGCGCCUGCGGCGUGCGGCGCGCCGGCACGCGUUCCGCAGAAAGAGAGCCUCGGGCGCAGCGCGCGGCGCAAAGGCACAGGCAGCGGCAGCAUGGCUCCGCCAUACGCAGCCUCUCGGCCUGCGUGCUGCCCGUCCCAGCCGAGCUGCGAGGCGUGAGCGCAGCCUGCAACUGACGUCUGCUGACCGUUUCGUGAAACCAAGGCCGUCAAAUGGGGAUGCUCAGCCAGCUGUUGGACACGGGAGACCAGCGCAGGCGCCGC